AUGUGCCCGUUUCUUUCCAGGGAAGCUGAAGCUACUCUUUACGAAUCAACAUUGGAAAUUACUCUAUGGAAUAAUCGCGAAGUUGAGGGCAACGUAUGGCUUUGUGAAGCUCAUGUCGCUCUUGCAAUUCCUUGUACAGAAACCAGUGUCAGCACGAUGCAUGGAGAGCGUAUUCGUGAGGCUUUCGUCAGGUUUCGGUCAUGUAAUCGUAAACAUUUAUUCGUGAUCCCUCGUUCCGAGAUUCCUUCCAACCAGCAGAAGUUCGAAGUCUCCAUUGAGAUUCGUAAAAUUGUUGGUUAUCGUUGGAAAUCGAUGUUUACAACUGAUUUCUCCAAACCGUCCAUUCUUUCGGAUUUGUGCAUCGCGUUCCCGAAUACAUCUCGCAAACUCUAUGUCAAUUCACAGUACCUGUCCGUACAUUCACCAUACUUUGCGCAACGACUUGCAACACCCACUACUAGACAGAACAGUGCUUCGCUUGCCGAUCACACUUCAGAAGUGGACGAUAUGAGCGAUUACGAUGUGAUGAGCUUGAAGUUCCAAGGCAACGACGGAUCAUCUGAUGCAGGCGAUGGAAUAUUUACACUUGACGAUGUGGAACUUGAAGACUUCCUUGUAUUCCUCAACGCGAUUUAUCCGCCUGGCAUUACAAUAACAAGU